AUGUACACUUUAAUGAUUGUGAUUUUUGUGCUGGGUUAUGCUGCCAUAGCCCUUGAGCAUAAUAUUCGUAUUGAUAAGGCGGCCUCUGCGCUCAUCACGGGCGUGCUUUGCUGGACGGUUUACGUGCUUGGCGCGGAAGGCAUCGUAAACUUUGAGGCCAUUCCCGGAUUUAUUACGCAAAUGUUCUUUGAAGAGCACCACCUCAGCGAGCAACCCGAAAUCAUAAGCCACUACGUAACCGAGUUUCAGGUAUUGGAGCACCUGGGUGAAAUAGCCUCCAUUUUGUUUUUCCUGCUGGGGGCCAUGACCAUUGUAGAGCUCAUAGACGCCCACGAGGGCUUUGCCGUAAUUACCAACCGCAUUAAAACCACCAGCAAAAAGAAGCUCAUCUGGAUUAUUUGCAUACUUACCUUCUUCUUAUCCGCGGCUCUUGACAACCUUACCACAAGUAUUGUAAUGGUUUCAUUGCUUAAAAAGCUGAUUGACGACAAACAAGACCGCUGGCUUUUUGCCGGUAUGGUGGUAGUGGCCGCCAAUGCGGGCGGUGCGUGGUCGCCUAUAGGUGAUGUUACCACCACUAUGCUUUGGAUUGGUUCGCAGAUUACCGCCUCUGCCGUAAUCACCAAGCUCAUAUUCCCCAGUUUGGUUUGUUUAAUCGUUCCGCUGGUACUGCUCAGCACCAAAUUGAAGGGCAAUGUAAAACGCCCGCUAAAAAGCGAAGGGCUGGAGCACUAUGUUAACCCCACAACAGAGUUUGAAAGAAAUACCGUUUUUACGGUGGGCUUGCUGGGUUUGCUAUUUGUACCGGUAUUUAAAACCUACACCCACCUCCCACCCUUUAUGGGCAUGAUGCUUAGCCUGGGCAUAUUGUGGACCGUUACCGAAGUAUUGCACCGCGACAAAAACCAGGAAACAAAAAGCAAGCUCAGUGUUAUUUCCGUCCUGCGGAAAGUGGAUACGGCCAGUGUGCUGUUUUUCCUAGGCAUACUGCUGGCGGUGGCGAGUUUGCAAUCGGCCGGGCAAUUGCGGGAACUGGCCGGGGUUUUAGAAAGCAGCAUUGGCACCGGAGAAGCCAGCGGAAUUUAUGGCAUCGGGGUAAUCAUUGGCGUAUUGUCGGCCAUUGUAGAUAACGUACCCCUGGUGGCAGCAUCCAUGGGCAUGUACGACAUUAACCCCGUGGCGGGAACAUUCUUUUCACAGGACGGAUUGUUUUGGGAAUUUCUGGCCUAUUGUGCCGGAACCGGAGGGAUUGGCGGAAACAUAAUUAUGGUGGUUUUGGCCGUACUCUCCAUUAUUGCGGUGUACAUUUUUGUGGAGCGCUGGGGGGCUAUAAAGCGCGCCAAUAAGAUGGACGCAAACUUUAUGAACCACAUAAAAGACCACGUGAUGAACGGCAAGCUGGAUGCCGCCCGCGCCCUUUGCCAAAGCCAGGAUACUCCGGUGGCGCGCAUGUUGGGCAAAGGCAUAAGCCGCAUUGGCAAACCUCUUAAAGACAUAAGUGCCGCCAUUGAAAAUACCGGCAAACUGGAAGUGAGUAUGUUGGAGAAAAACCUGGCCACCAUGGCCACUAUUGCCGGAGCGGCUCCUAUGAUUGGUUUCCUUGGUACCGUAAUCGGGAUGAUUUUGGCCUUCCACGAUAUGGCUUCGGCCGGAGGGCAAAUUAACAUUGAAAUGCUGGCCGAAGGCAUUUACGUGGCCAUGACCACCACCGUUGCCGGACUGGCGGUGGGCAUUAUUGCCUAUUUGGGCUACAACAGCCUGGUGGCUAAGGUUGAUAAGACGGUAUUUUUGAUGGAAACCAAA